GAGCCGCCAUCACGAGCGGGGCGGGGGGGCCGGGCUGGGCCCCGAGCGCGGCGCUGCCCUGAGGGAGGCGAGUGGCCGCCAUGGCGCCCCCCCGGCGGGGCGAGCUGAGCCCCGAGGAGAAGGAACUGCUGCGGGUCAUCGCCACAGGAAACACCGAAGAGGCUGGAAGGCUACUGGGCAGCAAGAAUGUCCGUGUCAAUUGCUUGGAUGAGCAUGGCAUGACCCCUCUAAUGCAUGCAGCCUACAAAGGGAAAGUGGACAUGUGCAGGCUGCUCUUGCGCCACGGAGCUGAUGUUAACUGCAAUGAGCACGAGCAUGGGUACACUGCCUUGAUGUUCGCUGGGCUUUCAGGAAACAAAGAAAUCACCUGGAUGAUGUUAGAGGCUGGAGCAGAGACUGAUGUUGUCAACUCUGUGGGAAGGACAGCAGCUCAGAUGGCUGCUUUUGUGGGUCAGCAUGAUUGUGUGACCAUCAUCAACAACUUUUUUCCACGUGAAAGGCUGGACUACUAUACUAAACCACAAGGCUUAGAUAAAGAACCAAAACUGCCAGUAAAGUUGGCUGGGCCUCUCCAUAAAAUUAUUACUACUACUAACAUGCAUCCUGUUAAGAUUGUGUUGCUAGUAAAAGAGAACCCUCUGUUGGCCGAAGUAGAAGCACUGCAGAAAUGUUACAGGGUUCUGGAUCUAAUUUGUGAGAAAUGUAUGAAGCAGAAAGAUAUGAAUGAAGUACUUGCUAUGAAAAUGCACUACAUCAGUUGCAUCUUCCAGAAAUGUGUUACGUUCCUAAAAGAACGAGACGAUAAACUAGAUGGAUUCAUCAAAAGUCUCUUGAAGGGGAGAGAUAAAGAUGGUUUCCCUUUAUAUCAAGAGAAGCUAAUUCGAGAAAGUAUCCGAAAGUUUCCUUACUGUGAAGCUACAUUGCUCCAGCAGCUUGUGAGAAGUAUUGCUCCUGUCGAACUAGGUUCUGAUCCUACAGCAUUUUCUGUACUUACACAAGCUAUUACUGGCCAAGUGGGUUUUGUGGAUGCUGAAUUCUGUACAACUUGUGGGGAAAAGGGAGCAGACAAAAGAUGUUCAGUAUGUAAAAUGGUGCUGUACUGUGACCAGAACUGCCAGAAAAUACACUGGUUUACCCACAGAAAAGUCUGCAAGACCCUGAAGGAAAUUCACGAGAAACAAGAACUAGAAGCUGCCAAAGAAAAAAGGAAACAAGAAAAAAAGCAAAAGAAAGAUGAAGUGCAACUAGGAGAGUCUAGUACCACAGAUGAAGAACAGUCAGCUCCUGGUCCAGAUGCUACCAAAGAAGUGGAUCCAAAUCACGCUACUGACCGAACAGAAGAAGCCGAACUUGCCAAAGAGUCCGAGGCACUAGCCCUGAAUCCUGACAGUCCGCUGGAAAGUGAGACUAGCUUAGCUGUUGUUGAUGUUCAAAAAAUGCAAGAUUCUGAGGAAUAAGAGGAGAGUAGGAAGGGAAGGAAGGGACUAAGCAUUCUGGCGAAGUCCCUGUACCCCAAGGGUCAGAUUUUUUUUUUUUGCUGACCAUGUCUGAGUUCUUACAGAAUGGCCUAUGCAAGACUCCCCAUGAACGCAUAUCUCUGUUCACGCUGAGAUGGAAUACUGGCUAGUUUGUCUUUAGGAUCUGUUGUAGAAUGAAAAUAAUAAUAACAAAAAAUUAUGAUUAAAAACUAGUGGCAUAGAUCCAUCUGUAUGUGUACCAACAGUAACCAUAGUAAAAUCUAUGAGUAUCUGUGGUCAAUCAGCCACUUAGUUUAAAUAAAAAAACAUGUUUUGGAUUAUUCUUGUUUUCAGAACAUGAAAUCUACUUUAUUGGUAAUUCAAAUAUUUUUUUUCUGCAAGAACACAGAACUGCAGUUAAAACAUUGGGAAGCCAACUUUAAAUUGCUUUUUUACACCGCUUUAGGAAGCUUUAUUUGAAAGAAUUCAGUAUCAGUUAAGUUUCUAAAGAUACUCAUCUGAAUUCUCAACUUUUCAUGACAUUAUUGUAAAUAUUUUUGACUAGUGAGUGCACAACAAUAGUGUCUAUUUUGUGGCAACUUUAUUAAAUGAUAACUGCUGUUUCAGAUAUCUCAAACUUACUGUGAAAUGUGUGUUUCAAGAGAAUUGACUUCAUUAUUUAUUUGCUCAAAUAUAGUCCAAGUUUAUCAAAGCCUAAUGAAGGGAAGACCAGAAGGAUUUUAAAUAUUUUGACUCUCACAAAUAAUAGUUCCUAAAUCCCAGCUUUCAGGUGAAGAUGCCUUAGAGCACACCGGGAUGUUCAUGAAUUAUUUUAUAAACAUAAAAGAUGUUUAAUAUUGCACAUGCUAAACCUGGUCAGAAUGAAUUAAAUGGGAAAGUUCAUGUAUUCAUUGAUACAAUUGUGAUUUCACUUAGGCUUUCAACUAAAUGGCAUAUCUUGAAAAUAGCAUCCCUUAACUUUGCUGUUUUCACUCAGAUUAGCUGCUGUUUCCUAUGAAAUUAAAGGGAAUAGCACAACCUAAAACACUACUUGCUGCAUAAGAAGGAUGGUAGAGUUUGAUAUCCUACAAUUGUUGGAUGAAUAACUGAUGUUUUGAACAUGGCAAUAUCCUUCAACGUAGAAGAAUAAGGACCACCCUCCGUACAGAGGAAAAAUGCUAUUAAUUUUUUACUAUUUAAUAUAUUGAAAGUUUUUGUUUAUUAUUCUUCAACUUGUAAGAGUGAGGAUACAUAAAUGCAGGGACUGUAUCUUUUGUAUGAUCCAAGAGUGUUUUAAUUUCACUGAUUAAAUGAAUAAAAUGUGAAGAAUAAAGGGAAGGUUUUCAAAAGCUGGGAGCCGAGUGGCAAUUCUGUCUUCUGCAUCUGUGAGGGCUGCCGGGGCAUACUGUGACAUACUGUGAUGUUCUCAUUGGAGAUGUGUGGGCUUCCUGUAGCUCAGGUGUGCAAGUUUAAUUUUAGGACAGCUGGGGCCAAGAGUCUGAAACUUAGACAGGGAGUCACAAUAACUGUCACCACAUGCAGAAGUGCUCCUCAUUCCCAAUUCUAUACUCAGCUGUUGGGGCUCACAGGGAUAUAUUUCUCUUUAACACUUGUAAUGCCAUUCAUUCAGAGCAAAUGAUUCAGGAUCUUAGAAGUGUCAUAAAAUCCACAGCACAAAUCCUGCUUUUGUUCCGCCAGCCAACGCCUUUCUUGAUAAAGAAAAGUCCGAGCAACAGAGAAAGCCUGGAAAUUGGAAAUAAAUGUAAAGUACAGGCUACCUGGCGGAGAUUAUGUAGAUGCGUUUUUCUCAUUCUAACUUCAGAAGGCUUCAGAAUUGUUAUGAGCAGAGGAUGCCACGCUUCCUUCUCUUUGCAGUGAAUCUCAGAACAAAUGCAAUACAAAUUAAGGCCCUGGUGUCCUCAGAAGAGAGCCACUUCAGCCUUUCUCAGCUUGAGCUGGUGACAGCUUUUCUGUUGGGAAAUGAUGAUAAGUUCUGCAUACACUUGGGAUAAUGAGAAGCCCUGUUACAAUCAUGAAUUGGAGGAAACAUCUCGCGUGACGUUACUGAUACAGAGCUUAAUGUAGAAUGAAAAUUCACAUACAAUUUACUGAUUCGUUAAGCAAGGUUUUAAGUGACAAGACAGCUGUGGAGUGCAAAGCCAACAGAUAGCUCUUGCAUCUUCAGGGGUAUAUGAGUCACAUUACUUUUUUUCCCCUCCACUGACUUUGCUUUCUAGGAAACAUGACGUCCUCCCUUCUGCUUUUCCAGCUGUGUGCUAGAUAUAAGGACAUAGCAGCUGUGCAUGUCUACAGCCUGCUGAACCACAGUACUUGCUUCCUAAUUCACUUCAAGGCUAUUUUUUUUUUUAAUAUUUACUCUUGCCAUUGCCUUCUGGGAAAUCUGAUUGAAUUAGGAACAUUAAAACAAGCUUCUGAAACUAAGUAUAUCUUCUAGUGAACUAAAAUUGCACGUUCCAAUCACUUUAGAUUACUGAUGCAGUUAGAUAUUCAAGGAUUUUCUUCAUCUAACGAAGGGAAAUUUUCAGCAAAAUUUGAAAUUACCUUUUUAAUUUGAGUACUUCGUACAUAAGUAGCGAACGUGCCUUUUCCCUAAUGGCUGUAAAACACAGACCUUUCGAUAAAGCUCAAUGGAGGAGUAUAAUGGAAAGCACUGCCUAGUGAGUAAGGUGGAUUUGAUAGUCGGUGAUUCUACUGACUUGUGGUUUGUUUGACAGCAUCCAACACUUACAAACUACAAAUGUGAACAGGCAGCAAAUACUACAAUGAAGGGCUUCUGGAUGCCACAACACGCUGUUGAAUUUUGUUUGUUUGUUUACUCUGUGUAUUCCUGGGACAUUUGUGUGCAACAGUGAGAGGGCCAAAACUCUAGAGGUUUUGUAGGACUUCUCACUAUCAAAGACCAUAUAAGUAUAAAGUAACUCAGUCAUCUUCUCUGAGCCCAUCUGUGUGCUCAAGAAGAUUACAAGAAGUACAGUUAAAAUCCUUUAAGAUUAACACAUGUGAAAUGUUUUUCUGUUGUUGUUGUUGUUUUCAAACUAUAUUCUUUGGGGAAAGCUUCAAGUUAGUUGUUAAAAAAAAAGAUUCUAUAAUAAACUUCUUCAUGUUUUGCAUUCUAGCAUUUUCUAAGCAG